UUUGUUCUGGUUGUUUGCUUUAAUUAUUUACUUAUUUGAAUGAAUUGUUCUACGUAGUCAUGCUGUCAGAUUUAAUUAAAGUAUUCUGUGGUAUUUAAAGUGUAAAUUUUUUGUGGAGUUGAUCUUGUAUGUGUACAAAAAUUGUGACAGAUGCUUGUGAUGAAUUUAAACAGAGACCAUUAGCACCAUGUUACAACGACUUAAGCAAUUAGUCUCUCAACACAAGCAUGUUAUUGUUGGUGGGACGGUAAUAGUCAGCAGUGCCUUCUUUGCGAUCAGAUUUGCACAAAAAAGGCUCCUGGAAUGGCAAGACAACAGAACGAAAGAAUACAUUACGAGGUUAGCAAAAGAGCAACAUUUUACAAGCACAGAAAAAACUUGCCAUCAAAUCAUAGCCUCACUGGGAGAGUCGUUAAAAAUUAAUGUGGAUAAAUUACUAGACGCUGAAAAAUUAUUGUCCAAACUUAGAAGUGGAACCGGUAACAAAUUUGAGUUGUGGAGUGAACUGAAAAUAACAGUUUUUACACAUCUCUGCACACUUUUGUAUUCUAGUUUGAUGUUGGUCAUCCUUUUAAAAAUUCAACUCAGUAUACUCAGUGGAUACUUGUUUACUGAAAAUGUCGAUGUUUUGCCGCUGAAUUUUCAAGAAGACUAUUUAAGCCUUUGCCAACACUUCUUAGAAACAGGCAUCCCUGAGCUGACUUCUGUCAUCAAGAAAAAUGUGACUAUCGUGCUUAGAGACGUUUCUCUCAAGAAGGAAAUGACUUUGCAAGAUGUUGAACAAAUAUUCUGGUCUAUUGAAACUAGUCUCUCAUAUGAUGAGAUGGAUCCGAUAAGGAACUCUGCGGCCUAUCUGCUGCCCCAGGUGAAAACCAACUGGAUAUCCCAAGCCGGCUUAUCCGACGAAAUCACAGAAGAUACUUAUGAGCUGUUAGAGUCUGACGAAGCCAUUUCUGUCGCUUAUUCUUGUAUCAAGAAAGCGUUUUCAAAUAUAGUCGAUCAAAUUGCAGGCCAUUUCAAUACGGCUGAUGUGAAUAUUACAAAAUCCGUAUUGCCGAUGGCAAAGAUCGUACCGAUUAUUCAUACUUUAUUCAAAACUGGGGGGAAUGAUGAUUGCAUUACACAAUUUCUAUUAAUGGAUAAAAUCAACAUGCUCGGUGCCAACAUUUAUCAAGCUUUUUCAAACAAACAACUGCAUUAAGUUGUAAAUAUAAUGAAAAUUCUGAACAAUAUUUAUAGGUAUAUAGUAUUUAAAAAAAAUUCAUUAAGUUGAAUUGUUUAAAGGCAAUAAUAGUGAUACAACUUUUGUAUGGAUAAUUACAAUAACACUUUAAAAACAAACUACUUUAAAUGUCAUUAGUUAAAAUUGAAAAAAUCUUUUUAAAACAAUGUUUAAUAUAGCAUUUUUUCUUUUACAUUGAAACUUAAAAACCUCUAGUAAACAAUUACCAGAAAUUUUAAACUGUGAUAAUUUAAUAUUUAUAUAUUAGCAUAUUUGUACAUGUUUACAGAGCACCUUGCUUAAUUGUUUUGAUAAGAGUUUUGUAGUCUAUCUGCCAAAAAUUCCAUUGUAUAGCAGAAAUGUUUGUUUGUACAUACAUAUGUAAUUGGAAAUAUAUUUCAGUAAAAACA